UCCGAGGGCUCGGCGCCGACGAUGAUGACGCUAGGAGCGUCUCCACGGCUUUCGCAAGCCAGAUUGGCGGACCUGCAAAUUAUGACUGAUUGCGCUACGAUAAUUUUACAUCCUAGGAUCGAGUCUCAUGUACUAAAACAGCCUUCACUGUCGCCAACGUAAGCGCACUCGCUCUUAAUCGGACCUCAGCAGAUAGCCUGCGUGAUCAUGAUACUACGAGGCACGCUGAGCGCUCCGACUUCCCGACGUGGGGAGAUUGUCUCACGGUUUUGUGCUGGCACUGCAAUUAGCUCAAUCAGCCUCUUGUACGGCACCAAACCCGGCCCUAGAUUGCCGGCGCUUUGGGUUCUGUGCGGCUUAGAAGACAUUGCACAGCUUGGUGCUGUCGACGCAGGAUCCCAAGCCAAUUCCUGGCCACGUGGUCGUGUCUUGUCACGAGUGGACGCCCGAGCAAUGGCCGUACCGGACUGCACAUUGUCUGUCCCCUUCCUCCCCGGGAGCUUUUCUGCAGGCCACUGUCCGGUCGCUAGUAGCGCCAGGUCAAUCGUUGGGUUAGGAUAUAUUAGCAUCGUGCCUGUGGGCCAGCAGUUAACGCGGUUCUUAUCACGCAUCUGUUUUACGCGAGAAAAGUUAGAAAAUCAUACUUGUGCUGUAUUCUCUUAGAUUCUUUCAUCUGCAUUUCGUUUUGAGUGGUUCGAAUUUGGGGUGUCCUCGUGAAGCAUGCUAGGAUGAGUAAGCGGCGGAACUCCACUCGUACCAUCAACCUCGUUGUCUUUACCAUUCUUUCUACUAUUCCCGGAAUCACGCUAUUCGUCUGCAUCCUGCUAGUCCCACAGUCCUCUCGCACAAUUGACACACCAUUGAAUCACUGUUCUAUUCAUCAUCGACACCCAACUUCUAUUCCAGCACUACCCUCGUACGGCGAGGCGACACUGGCGAACG